GAAGUUUAAAGACUAACUUUAGUCUUCAUUCGGAUAUUGUGCUGUUACCUUUGAAGAACCAAGUUUUAGCCUAAAAGCGGAAAAAAUGUCUCUAAAAACUUGUAUAAUAGUCUUAUAUUUGGCAUUUUUUAAUUUGGAGUCUAAAGCAAAUUAUUUUAAUUACCCUUUUCGUUUGGAUAUCCCGCCAAAUGUUCUGGAAGAUGCAAGACUUGAUACGUUCCAACUCAUAUAUAAAUAUGGAUAUCCUGCGGAGAACUAUACAGUGAAGACAGAUGAUGGAUAUUUAUUGGGCCUCUUCAGAAUCGCUCGUCCUGGAGCAGUUCCUGUCCUAAUGGUCCAUGGAUUACUGGAUAGCUCUGCCACUUGGGUGAUGAUGGGACCAGACAAGUCCCUAGGAUAUAUGCUUUAUGAUCAGGGCUAUGACGUCUGGAUGACAAAUGUGAGGGGAAAUGCCUAUUCAAAACACCAUGCCAGGUUUAAGGAGUCCGAUAGGGACUUUUGGAACUUUUCGUUUCACGAAAUGGGAACCUAUGAUAUUCCGGCCACAAUCGAUUUCAUCCUAAUGAGUACUGGUUAUAGCCAGUUGCACUAUGUGGGGCACUCCCAGGGGACUGUUAUCUUCUGGAUUAUGGGAAGUGAGAGACCGGAGUACAUGGAUAAGGUCUUCAUGAUGCAGGCUUUGGCUCCAGUUGCCUUCUUGACCCAUUGUCGGAGUCCGGUUGUGAACUUCUUGGCGGCUGAGGAUGCGGCAGUUGCGUUCUUGCUCAGGGCUACUGGCUUCAAUGAGUUCCUGCCCAGCAACAGGCUCAUAAAUACCUUCAAGAGGGCCGCCUGUCAUGACACCACCAUUUCCAACAUGGUCUGUGAGAGUUUGCUGUUUAUCAUUUUUGGGUUCAACAGCCAGCAGUUAAAUGAAACGAUGUUGCCGGUUUUGAUUGGUCAUACUCCGGCCGGAGCCUCCACAAAGCAGAUGCACCACUACGGACAGCUGAGGAAUUCCCGGAGAUUCCAGCUCUUCGACUACGGAAUCGGGAAUCUUGUGCAAUACGGAAGCAUCAGACCACCCAAAUACAAAUUAGAGAACGUCCGGACUAAGGUUGCUCUUUACUAUGGAAAGAACGAUUGGCUGGCUCCUCCGGAGGAUGUGGAUCGAUUGAGUCAGCAAUUACCGAAUGUUGUUUACAAGUACCUCGUACCCGACGAGCAUUUCAACCACUUGGACCUGAUUUGGGGCAUCGAUGCCAAGGAAUUGAUUUGGAAUCGAAUGCUGGCAAUUAUGAAAUUUUAUGAAGGACCCUCUUAUAGUAAUGAUCAAUACUAUAAAAAGUAAUAUUUAAUAUACAUACAAGUUUUCUGGGAAAUAAUAAAUUAAUUGGCUGCAAAACAUAAACUA